UUUCAUUUGUCAGUGCAGAAUAAAACAUAAAAUCCAAGUACUUGUGCGGAGAUGUAAGUAACGCAUUAGACGCUAUCAACUUUUACCAGUCAUUAAACAGCAGAUCAAGUGGCAGCUCUAGACCUCGUUUUCAGACAAGUUGUACAGCACUGUUGAAACCCAAUUGCGCAGUUAAAUGCUGUAUACCAUGCUGCGAGCAGGAAAGGGAUAUUACAUGAUUUUUUUCAGGUACUCAGUAUCACAAUGGCGCAUGGGGCAGACGCAAAAGUGUUUAUCCUUGUCGAUUUACAUUUAAGAAUUUCUAAAAAAGUUCUUCUUUCCUUGCUCCAAUUUGCUGUCGCGGAAAGCAAACCUAGAGAUACAUCUACCGAAAAUUGGACAGUCGACCAUUAUGUUAACACGUACCUGGGCAAAAUAGCAAGCACGAUAACUGGCCAGAAAAAUAUUAAACUGUUUGUACCCGGUUUCGGUGUGAAAACGGAUCCUUCCAUAUGGCCAUUAUAUUUGGUGACGUUUGUAAUCGUAGACAUUGCUGACGAAAGAGUCGUGUCUACUGACAUCAAAGACAAGGUUCAACAAAUGACAAGACAUAGAACUGAACUAUACAAUUCUAUGUGGGAUAUCUCAAAUAUCUUUUUUGACAACCACGUAAGGGAGCUUCGGAUUUUAAUGGAAGACAUUUGUCAAUAUAUCCAGAAGACGAACAUGAACAGUGAAAUAGAGAGAGAGAUAGAGGACAUUAUACGAGGCAAUUUUCUUCACGAUCAACACAUGAUCAACAUCUUCCAUGAGAAUAUGGAAAUGGAAAAGUCGUAUCGAGAGAACAUUAAUCACUUCACCGCUGAUGAGCUUAACUACCACAAUAGAAUGGAACAGGUCAUCAGUAUCCUAGAACAAAAUCAUCUUGAUGAUUUGACCAGAGCGCAACAAAGUGGCCAUGAUCUUACUGAGAGGCAUUUACCACCACGAGGACAACAUUAUCCAGCAAAGUUAAUAAAUGUAAUGCCGAUUGUUAUUGAGAUCGCCGUGACAGGUUGCGGCGAUUGGAGGAAACACAGUCGACUCAUCAAAGAGUUGACCAAUAUUAUUAACAACACUGACGAACCUGCAGACUAUGAGCCGCUGUUCAGAGACAGGAACGCUGUCCGCACCGCUUUCGAUCAAGUCUUUUCGCGCUUUGGAGAAUUUCACGCACAAUCGGGAUGCAUACAACUUGUUGUAAGUUCUCGUGAAAUCUCAAAAUUCUUCUGUCUUUUAAAUGAAUGUGUCGAAGGGGACCUGACAUCCAAGUUGAAGCCAGUUCAAGACAUAGUUCGUGGAAUUCCAGGUUUUGAACAAUUCGAGUACGAGGUCGUUUUGUACAGGGACCAUUAUACUUGUGUGAUGGACAAUUUGGCUGGACAACUGUUGAAGGAAAUCGAAGCUAAAGGGUUAACAUUGAAACCAACACGAAGCGUUAAGGUAGACACGUUUGACCAGGAAACUGUCCGUUUGACAGUAGCCUGUCACUCAUUAAGUGAUCGCCACGCAUGUAGAAACGCCUUCUUGGAUGAACGUUUGCAACCGACAUUUGAUGUUCUUCAACAACAGCUCAAAUACGUUUAUCCGGACAUGUCAUUGAGUGCCAGGCUCUUAAGUACCGAAGAAGACAGCUGUGCAUACCCUAAGAAAACAGUUGUUCGGAUGAAACCAAAGGGGACAUCGAACAAGACUAAUUUCACUUUCUCUAGAGAAAUUGACCUUCGUCUUCCAUCAGAUAGAAAAACGCCAUCAGUAACUGCGAUUUCUGUGAACGGGUCUGGACGCCUUGUAGCUGCCGAUUUAGGCAACACAUGUAUAAAACUUAUAAACACACAGUCCGGUGAAUGCAUGAGUAGUACUGUAUCCACGUGUUGUAUUCCUUUAUGCAACACAGAGUGUGUAAAAAAAUACCGCCCAUGGGGUGUAAGUUUUAUUGAUGAGGAUCGCGCGGUAGUAUCUGUUCCGGCGGCAGGUAAACUCAUCUUCGUCGACACCAGGAACGAUCAAUUAAGCAUUGUCAAAGAGCUGAUCAAUCAAACGCAAUGUCGAGGACUCGCUUUUUGCCGCGGUCGUUUGUAUGUUACAUACGGGUCACCGGAGAAGAAAGUAAGAAUACUGAACACCGACGAUACAAUCCUGAAAACGUUCUCGAACGAGUACUUUUCUGAACCAUGGUAUGUAACAGUCAAUGGAAACGACAUGUCUAUAUUUGUAUCGGAAACAUUGACAAAACGUGUCCUCCAUUUGGAUGACAAUGGAAUCCUGGUACAUAUAAUGGACUUGAAACAAGUCAUUGAUGAGCCCCGAGGUCUUUUAAUAAAAGACGCAUCACGAUUGUGGGUGUGUGCCUACAGAUUUAACGGUAAAGAUUCUAUGGCUGAAAUCGAUUUAGACAAGGCCGAAUGUAGUGAUGUUGUUGGUGAAGGCAUAGAAUUCCCAAUUGGUAUUCAGAUAGAUAGUAAAUCGAGUCUUAUUUACGUAAGCAUGUGCAAAACCCCCAUUCUCCGCGUGCUGAAAUACGAAACAUGAAAUACAAAAAUCAAAUGUCAAUAAACAUGGAUACCAAAUAUUCCACUUUGACCUACAAUAUUAAUAUUUGACUCUAAUGGUAUAUAUGACCUCGAUACUCGAUCUGUAUACGUCUAAAUCUAUGAGCAACAUAUUGCUGGACCAUGUUUUGUGACAUGUGUUAGGAGACAUUUACACGUACGUAAGAUGACCAACGGCAACAAGAUAGCAUAUCCCAACCUAAGCUUAGGACUUACCGGCAAAUUUAACACGAAUUUGGAUGUAAAAAUAAUGUGUCCAUGCAACUACCAAAUCACUUGAUAUAUAACAUUGCUGUAAUAUGAAAAGGCACCUUGCCGCUGCUGAUUGAAACCGGGCGAUUUAUAAACUUAAAGAUCGCAGAAAGACUCUGCCUUAUGUGUAAAGAACAUGUGUAAAGAACCCAAUCAGGUUGAAACAGAAUACCAUUACUUUUUUAAUGUAGAUUCUACCUUUGUUUAAGAUUAUCAUUUUAUAAUUGAGUCUCAAGGUUUAAACCAAACAUAACUAACAUUCCGCAUAGCGAGCGGCUAGCAUGAAUGCUUACUGAUAAGAGACGUAUACAUAUGCAUUGUUUAUUACAUAUUGCUAUACAAAACGCUCUUUAUAUAUAUCCAAUAAAUAUUAAAAACACAUACAUAUGUAAAAAAUACUACCAAUGAAUGUAAAUUUAGUUUUACCUUUUUUACAUGAACUUGCAAUACUAUGAUUGAAAGUACACUUGUUAAUAAUUGACAUUUGUAAUUUAUCUAAACUAUAUAUGUUAAUACAUUAAACAAUGUCAUUCUGUUUAUUAGCGUGAUUUUUCCUGCACUAUAUUGAUUUGAUUUUAUGACUACUACCAUAACGUGUCAAUUAAGUGACUCGUAAGUCAUUUAUACGACUGGGUAGUACAAGGUUGUAUAAAUAAAUGUUAUAUUGUCUGUGAAUACCAAUGAUUAUCUAUGUAGUUUACGUCACUUUAAUUACUAUGACCAUUUUUGCUAGUGUCCUUUCGUCUUUCUCUAGCUUUUCUUUGUUGUCAGACUGUUUGGCAUUGGGUAAUUUACCAUGCAUAACAUAUUUCAUAAUAUACUUAGUUUUUUCUUCUUCUGGUGCUGCUGACGCUAUAUUUCAAUAGUGGUAAAAAACUGGUAACGUUAGUUUCAUUUUAACCGUUUAUAUUUUCUCAAUUGCCUAGUGUCCAUGUGUGUAGUUUGACCCUUAUUGUAAUAUUAUUUGAAUUGUGUCAUACGGAGUAAUGCUCUCUUUUUACAAGGUUUUCAUUUCGACAUGAUAUCGUUGUCAGUACACACCCAGUAUUUCCGAAACAUAAUAUUGAUGGACCGCUUUGAUCCUCACUGUUUGUUAUUGAGUUAUAAUAUCUGUGUACAGAGUUUCCAUUUCGACAUGCUUUCGAUAUCAGUACAUACCCCAUAUUACUGGAACCUUACAUGGAUGGAGAGCUUUGAUCCUCGCUGUUUGUUUUUGUUUAAGUUGAACAAUAAUGUAAUAAACAUGAAUUAAAACAAUUGUUAUAAUUGCGUACCUUUAGAUAAUAUAUAUUAUUUCUUUGAGUGGAAGUUAAAUGCAUUUAAAACCACGACUCUUGCAAUGUCUAAAUUAUUAACACAUACUCUGGUUAAUACUGUAUACAACUUCAAAUUGUGA